CAUGAAGUUACAAAUUAACAGAUAUAUAACAUAUGUCAUUUUUACUGUAAGCACCUUAGAUACUUUAUUAAAAUGUAAGAACAAAUGAUUUAGGAUUCUCAAGUUUAUGUCGUGUUAGAUGUCACACUUCAUGUUUUCAGGCGUUUAAUAAAGGACAAAAUUAAUCGAAAAUGGCUGACGAAGGGGGAAAGCCGGAGGACGGGAAAAAAGUCGUACACAUCUACCCUCUGGUCAAAAAUUGUGAUAUGGUCGAGGAUAUGAAGAAUGAAGCGAUAGAAUUGAUAGUAACUGCUUGUGAAAAACACCAAAGCAACAACGAGAUGGCUGCCAAGGUCAUAAAGGACAAUUUAGAUCAGAAAUUCGGGCCUUCGUGGCAUGCUGUUGUCGGUGAAGGUUUUGGCUUCAACAUCUCGUAUGAGUGCAAGUCCCUCCUGUAUCUAUUCUUUGGGGGUAACAUCGGGAUUUGCAUCUGGAAAUGUUGAUAUUUUCCAAAUCUUUUAAUCAUAUUAAAAUUCCUUUUGCCAAAUGAACAAAAAGUACUCAAGGUUUACUUAUCUAGUGGUAUUGUGAUUUUAGAACCUCUAGCCAAUAUUGAUAUGAGUCCGAGUAAACUCUCAUUCCACCGUCACCUAAUACCUUUUUGAUUGAAACCCUUUAGAAAUAACAUCCCCUUUCAACAGGUCUGAAUUUCUUUUUUGAAAUAAACAAAUGUUUAUUUUACA